AUCAGUGUUCCGUUGACUUCUGACCGAUGCGAAACGGGCUAAGAACGGGUCGUCUUUAGUGUGCUCUUGUUAUACGGGAAGUGAAAGGAAAAUAUUAGUGAACUUUUUUGUUGGAAAAUUGCAAACACAUCAGUUGAGUUAAAACGGACUCUGAAAUAACGUUCCGUAAUGGUGUUUGGUGCUUAAUUGUGUUGAUUUAGACGUGGACGUGAAGAAGAAAUCAUGAAGAAUUACCUCCAGAAUUACAGUCCAGUGCAGUUUGGAGCCGUUUCAGUAUUCUUGGUGCUACUGAUCACAUCCCAAGUGUGUUCUUUGCAAGGUGACAAUGUGUGCUAUCGAUAUGAGAGCUAUACCGAAACGGAAACCAUACCACGCAAUCAAACAGUGCAGGUGCUAACGAGACAGUGGUGUCUGGAGAUCCCGCCAAGAUGCACCUCGUAUCGAACAGAAAUUAAGGAAGUGUUUGUUAAACAGAACGUCACCAAGACGCGACGGGUGGAGUUCUGCUGCGAAGGGUAUCAGGAACGGCGCACCGGAAAUGGAACCAGCGGCGAGUGUCGUCCAAUAUGCCGCGGUGGAUGCAUCCAUGGCGAGUGUAUAGCGCCGAACGUGUGCACUUGUGAGGCUGGAUUCGGGGGCAAAUAUUGUCUGCAGAGAUGCCGCAACGGAACGUGGGGUGUAAAUUGUCGGAAUCGAUGCCACUGUCAGAAUUAUGCACAUUGCGACACCAAAACUGGACACUGUCGAUGCAAUGAGGGAUGGAUGGGGAAAUACUGUGAAACUCCUUGUCCGCCAGGGUUCUUUGGAACGAUGUGCGUCAGUAAGUGUAAUUGCAGCACACGCUUCUGUCAUCCCCAGACAGGAAUUUGUAUGCCAGAUGAUGAGAUAGUAAUGUUUGAUAACAUUACACGAGCGAUAGAGAACAGCUUUUCCUCCGAAAGUACUGAGCGAAUAUCGGCUGAGCAGUGGAUCAAAGUCGAUAAUGUAACACAUUCGACGACCCACACUACUACCAUCGGUAUCGACGACAUUGCCAAUACUACUUCUAGCACUUCUAGCACUUCAUCGGAACUACCCACCUCAUCCACAACGGAAGCUGCUGGACAGAUGCUACCGAAUGCGACCUACGCCGAAUCUUACCACGAGUACCUGCCGAACAACACCGAAAUGAGCAUGGUCCUCACAAAAGGUCACUCGCGCACGGCCAGCAACGAAACUAUGUACGAGCUAGUUACGACCACUUCACGCGUCGAGAUCACCUUCAUCGAUACGGCGGUGAAGAAAAUUGAAGAUCGCUCCACGAUCAACAAUACAUCGCAAGAGGAAGAUGAAUUACCUUCCACCGCGAACGACACCAUGAACGAAACGGACACACAGCUCGUAUACUUGGAAUCGGAAAACCAUCCCGUACUGGUGGACAUCUCCGGGGAAGGUGCGGCACAAAGUGAAGCCAAUGAUCGACAGGCGUUCGUGACGAUCUCCUGUUUGCUGAUCACACUAGCACUGCUCCUGUCGGUGGUUUUCUAUAUGAAGCGUUUGAAUAGGAAGACUCUUGUCAAACCUGCACCCAGCACUCCAGCGCCAGUAAAGAUUGUGGACGAGAGUGUUCAAACGGGGUGCGAAUCGAAUCGUUCGUCUGAUCCGUUACCAGAUCUUCCACAUGUAACGUACACAAGAGUGAAGCCAAAAUUACAAAGAAAUGGAGAUAUUGAACACUACGACGUACCGGCGAACAACAGCUUCAUUCAUCGGGCUAAACCUUCACCAUACAAUUACAACUUUUCCAUCAAUCAAAAGCAACCACCCAGAAAGUAUAGCCUCGAGCAUAUCUAUGACGAAAUUCAGUAUCCACCGUUAGCGGAAGUGGCGAAUGGAACGACCCAGCCAGAUAAGCCGACGGUUCAGCUGGAUGAGAAGGAUGGCAGCUAUUCGAAACCAGUAGUUCUCACAAUUCUCGCCAGUCGCUUUAAUCCUCCCGGAACCUUCCGUGCGGUAAGAGUUGAGUUGGUGCUCUGGACAGAUUCUAAAGAGUGUUUGCUGUGUGGUAACGUAACAACCAUGGAAGCUGCGAAGUGGUGCCUGCUGGUCGGUUUGGCUUUGAUAUGCCAGUUUGGGCUCGCUCCCGGUCAGGAAGGUGUGAAAACAUGGCGCAAAGGUGGUGACGUACAGGUUGCUUCCCACUAUCCUACGUUCGUGAACGAGAGUUUCAUCCAGAUGGAACCUUCCCGUCCGAACGCAACCAUAAUGAAUCUGCACCGAUCGAACGAGUCAGUUAGCGCAUUCGAUCGGUUCAUGAACAAAACCAUGGGACAAAUUCCAGCUGGUGUGUGUUUUGAGGAGGUACCCACAGUGUCGCUGUUGAAGUACAACCACCGGGGAGAUGUACCGCAAGGCAAUGGGUCAAAUCCUUCUCUAAGCCGCAUCCGGGUUUGCUGUCCCGGAUAUGAGCGUAAUGUUCACAACUUCUGGAAAUGUGAACCCGUAUGCGAGGAACCAUGUCUAAAUGGGCUUUGCAUCGGUCCGAACACUUGCGAAUGCUAUCCAGACUUUGUACGGAAUGGUCAGGGACGUUGCGUUCCGACGUGUCCGAUCGGAUGUGAUCAUGGAGACUGUGUGGUCGGGACGGGUGAAUGUCGCUGCCACGAGGGUUACGAGUUGGAUCGCACCAGCGGUAAGACCUGUGUCCCCAAAUGUACCGGAGGCUGUGGUGAUGAGGGACGCUGUGUGGACGUGGAGCGUUGCGUGUGCAGCGAGGGAUAUUCGUUCGAUCCGAAGCUCAAAUGUGCUCCACACUGUGACGGAGGUUGUCAGAAUGGGCGAUGCGUUGCACCAGGUGUAUGCCAAUGUGAAGCGGGUUAUGAGAUGUCGGAAACUGGCUGUGAACCAGUUUGCACCAAUGGUUGCUUCCACGGUGUUUGUACCGCACCGAAUACGUGCUCCUGCAAGCCAGGAUAUCAGAAGGUUGGCGAUCAGUGCACCGCUACCUGCGAUCAUCCCUGUCUCAAUGGGGAAUGUACUGGGCCGAAUGUGUGCAGCUGUAAACAAGGUUUUAUCCUCGAUUUGGCCAACCCAUUCCAUUGCAUUCCUCACUGCCCGAACGGUUGCCCAAAUGGUGUCUGCUCCGGACCGAACAUGUGCCUCUGCAAUGCAGGAUACGUUAAGGAUCGUUCGCUGAAGGGAAACCAAGCAUGCAUCAAACGCUUCGAUGGAGUCAAAUCAUAAGAAAAACAUGCUGAACAAAACAGUACCGCGAAUACAGAUAACGUACGCCAUAUAUAGGUUCGUUUGCAAACGGAAUUCCUCAACCCGGAGUCGACGAUUUUGCGCUGCACUGCGCCAUUAUUUGAUAGCGCUUAUCGCAAAACAGUUAGUAGUGUAAAAAUGCAAAAAACAAACAAACCAUAAACAUGAUUGUAUGUAACGAUGAAAAGUAAAUGUAUGCUUAAUUAAUGAAAG